AUGCAGUUUGUUUGGUGCAUCGGAUCAAUUUUUCUCCAAAAGAAUAUUUUGUGAAGAAGAGAAAUGUCUCUGGAUGAGAAGUUCAAUGAAGCUGCAAAGACAGCACGUGAAAUCAGCGAUAAAGUAACCAAGGAGGAAUGGAUGGAGGUCUAUGCACUCUACAAGCAAGCUACAGAGGGUGACAACUACAGAGGAAGACCAAGUAUGGGCGAUAUUAGAGGGAAAGCUCUAUGGCAGGCGUGGUUCAAUCUCAUUGGUAUGGACCAAUGUGAGGCAAAAGAGAAGUACAUCACGUUUGUUGAGCAGUUAUGUCAGGUACAUCGUACAAAUUUGAAUUGAGGAGGAUUUUUCAAUUUAAAAAAAAAUAAAGAGCUGCGAUCACCCGGCGCAUGAGAAAAAUCCACAAUAAAAUAAAAAAUCAUUUGUGGGAGUAAAAUUUGCAGAGAAGAGGAGUUUGGAGAAGAAAAUGUCACGUAAAUGAAUGUCGAAGAGAGAAACAUUGUGAAUACAUAAUAAAAUAUAUUAUAUUGAGAAUUUUAUACGAAGGAAAA